UUCAGCUCUACCGACGUUGGAAGACGCCUGAGUCUCACAAUCUUGGGCUCGAACCUCAUUCAAGAUGAAUACCAGGACAGGGCGAGACCGUGCUAAUGUCGUAUGCGUUGAGUGCCACUCCAGAAAAGUGUGACCUGCAAGAUAGCCCUCGUCACGGAUGCGCAAACUGUCGCCGUGCCGGUGUUCAGUGCAUCCGUCGAGAUGGCGUUCGAAAGAGCCGCAAGAUGACGGCCCGGCAAAGACAGCCCAUACUGCCGAGAUCGCCGACUGUGCCGGCCGUGCCAUCGCCUCCCAGUCUUGGCACUGAUAGAGCGAGGGAUAAUCCGCGGAUGUUGACUCCAGCUCGGUCUUCCGAGUUGACAACACGGGAAUACCAGCCGGAGGGAUUCAUUUCCCAUGCUUCCGUCUUGUCGUACGACUCCGCCGCAGAGCCGAUGGCACUUCACGAUGGCCUCCCGCCGCGAGUUAUGCAGACCCGAGAUGUCUUGGUCAAGGCCACUCAAGCUGACACCUUGCCAAUGCCAUCAUUGCGCAAGGCUUUGACGGAUGCCUUCUUUGAAUUUGCCUUCCUUACUUUCCCGUCGUUGAUGCGGAAGACCUCUCGAUGGGAGAGUCGUCGAUCCUUCUACAGCAAGCUGUGUGCUUCGUUGGCAGUCUUAUGUGUCAUGACCCCAGUAGCAUGAGCUUGAGUUACUCACUUUACGAAAAGAUUGAAACUUUGAUACACGUCGAGUUCGAAAAAGACAACGUAUUCCUGCUCAAGGAACUAUGCCUCUUGUCAUGUUGGACCCCAGCCUCACCAUAUCUUGUCACGCUUCAUGGGCCGUGGCAUUGGACUGGUAUGGCUGUGCGGCUGGCAGUGCAGAUGGGAAUUCACACCCAAUCAAGUUUCAGAGAGAACAAUACCUUCGGAGUCAUACGGCGUAUAUUUUGGCAUCUGACAGUACGUUCUUAUUAUCUGAAGUAGGUUCUUAGUAUUCUCAUUCCAUCCAAUGAC